AUGUCACAGAGAAGUUUAGAAAGCAUUCAAUCCUCCAAUGGUUUAUUUGAUUCGGACAGUGAUUCAGAUCUUGAAAAUCAAAUUAAUGUAAUCCCACGAAGAAACGUCGUUGAAAUGUUAAGAAAAUUAUUUAAUGAAGUAUUUCAACCGUGUCAACGGUUAUGCAUAGACGAAAGUCUACUUUUGUAUAAAGGGCGGCUUUCGUUUAAGCAAUACAUACCAUCGAAGCGAAGCCGAUUUGGUAUAAAGUCGUUUAUUUCGAGCGACUGUGACACAGGAUUCGUACAAGAUUUGAUAAUUUAUGCCGGAUCAUCUACAACGGUGGAUAGUGAAAAUGCAUCUAUGGGAAAAUCUGGAGCAAUUGUAGAAACACUCAUGAAGCCGCAUCUAGGAAAGGGCCAUACCCUGUAUGUAGAUAAUUAG